CGGAAGAGAAGACGUACAGUUGGGUUAUAAACUAAAACACAUGUAUGAUGAAUUGAUAAAAUAAAAUGAUAUAAAAUAUGCAUUAAUCUGUUAUGUGGGAAGUGUUUACUGAGUGUAAUUAUAUUUUGUUAAAUAGUUUUACGUAAACUUUCACAAAAUGAGUGUAACUCCGUAUAUUACCGGCUUAACGAACAAAAAUCUCUUCCUAGUGGAAUUUCAAGAACCUUAUACAGAGAAAGUUCUAAGAGAUGAAAGUACCCCAAACAUUCGAAGUAUAGUUUACAGCCCCAAGGGCACGUAUCUUGCUUAUAGAACUGAUAAAAAGGCUGAGAUAAUAAAAUGUGCUGACUGGUCUGUGGCUGCAACAAUCAAUGGAAAUGUCAAGGAUAUGUUUUUCUCCCCCUUGGAUAAUUAUUUUGCUGUUUGGGAAAUGUUCUUGAUUACAAAAGAUGAUCCACAGGGCAAACCAAAUAUGCACAUUUAUAAAUCAGCAAAUGGGGAGAAACUUACAAGUUUUGUACAAAAGCAUCAAACUGGCUGGGAACCACAAUGGUCAUCCGAUGAAAAAUUAUUUGCUGUACAAUUUGGUGGUAAAAUAUGGAUAUAUCAUGAUGGAGAUUUUACAAAAUAUAAUUAUCAGUAUCAAGCUGAAAAACUAAAAUGCUUUAGUUUGUCUCCCAGUCCUGCACCAAACUACUACUAUUCUGUUUUUACAUUGGGCAAGUCAGGGCAGCCAUCAUUGUGGAGGGUAUAUAAAUAUCCACUGUCAGGAUCACAAGAGCCCAUCCUGAGCCGAUCAUCAUUCCAGGCUGACAAGGCGACCUUCUACUGGAAUAGACGAGGCACUAAUGUCUUCACUAUGACACAGACAGAUGUGGAUAAAACUGGCGGCUCGUAUUAUGGAAGGCAGACACUUUCUUAUGGUGAUAUAAAAGGCAAUGCUGGAAAUGUUGGUUUUAGUAAAGAAGGUCCAAUCCACGCGAUAGCCUGGAAUCCUGGCAACUGGAAUGAGUGGGUGGCUGUGUAUGGACACGCGCCCGCUAAGGCGACGCUCUUCAACGCAAAGUGCGACCCACUUUUUGAGUUCGGCACCGGCGCUUGGAAUGCUAUAUACUUCCCACCUGAAGGGAAUAUAGUCCUGUUGGGUGGGUUCGGGAACAUAGCGACUGGUCACAUCGAGGUGUGGGACGUGCGCGCCUGCCGCAAGCUGGGCGGCUGCUCCGCGCCCGACACCACAUGCCUGCAGUGGGACCCGCGCGGGGAGACAUUCAUCACCGCAACCACCUAUCCACGACUUACUGUCGGGAAUGGAUAUAAAAUAUGGCACUACACCGGUGCUUUAAUGCACAAGCGGUCUUGUGUAGAAAAGGAGGUACUGUUAUCGAUAACUUGGCAGACGGGCAAUUUCCCUAAAAGUGAAUUGUCCAAAGUCCCUCCCAAGAGCAUACAGGAGGCUCCAGCGAAGCCCGCGGCCGCAUACCGCCCGCCCGGCGCUAGGAACAAGCCCUCCACCUUCACCCUACACGAGUACGAGAAGCCACAUCGACCUGGACAAAAUGUUAACGCUGCGCCAUCCAAACAGGCGAUAAAGCAGAAAGAGAAGCGCGAAGCCCGCAAGGCGCGCAAAGCGGAGGAGCGCGCAGCUGACGACAGCCCCGCGCCCGCCGCACCCCCUGCACCCCCCGCACACAAUAAACAGCCCUUCACCUCCACAGGUGACCCGGAAAAGGAUAAGAAGAUUAAAAACUUAAAUAAAAAAUUAAGCGACAUUGAGAAAUUAAAGCAACAAAAAGCGGCCGGCAAAGCUCUCGAACUGAACCAGCUCGCGAAGAUCGACAGCGAGCAGACACUGCUGCAGGAGCUGGAGAAACUCAAGUUAUGAUAACAUUGUUAUAAUGAUAUAUUUUUUGACAUAUUACAAUGUUGCCGUGGCUUUUUAAUUCAGUCUUUUUUAUAUUCACUAGAUGGCGCCACUUACGUAUUUCUUAUCUUUAUUUUGUUAACUGUAAUGUUAAGUACAUUUUAAAAAAGUGACAAAUUCUUAAUGCAAAAAGCUACCGAAGAAAUUGAUUUAAUAAAAAACUAAUAUCUUUUCCAGUCUUUACGUUGUCUUUGUCUUCUCGCAAAAUGUUUUUCGUUUUUUUUGUGUGUUUGAAGUUGUUUUUUUUUUAUAUUGCUAAUAUUAUUCAAUUUUUAAAAGUCCAAUGUUUUUAUGCAGACCAUAAUACAUAAAAUUCCUGUAAUUUUAUAUGAAAAUUAGAACAGCUGUAAAACAGGUAAAACCUUUAUGAAAUAAAGAAUAUUUAUUGAGAUUAGAUAUCCAUAUCCAUUGCUUCCAACAAUGGAUAUAAAAUAAAAAUGCUUUAUCAGUGGAUUCCCACAAUUUUCUGAUUUAUUUGUUGAAAAAAAAGUAUAUUUUUUGUUUUGUUAUUUUGCAUUUACUUAAGAUAUAUGUAUAUUUUUUGUAAGGUAAAUACGUCUCAUCCGAUUGUUGAGUUAUAUGUAAGAGUAAAGUGUUUAAUUAAAUGU